AUGAGUGGUAUGUUGGAGAGCUCGAGCGACGACGGUUGCAUGUCGGAUCACUCGUUCGACUUCGUCGAGGUUGAAGGCGGCACGAGCUACAGCAGCGACGGAGACGCCACGGUGACCAGCAGCCUGGCGCCUCCCAAGGGCUGGAGCACGCUCAGCCUGUCCGACGCCGAGGCCGUCAAGACGGGCCCAGCCGCCGUGACGACAACCACCACCACCACGGGCGCUGCCGGUGGCCGACGCGAGUUUAUUUCCACUCCCAUCGCUGCUGCCUCUUUCUGUCAAACUGCUGCCGCCGUGACCAAAAGUUCAACAAGAUUUGAACCUUCGUCCCUGGCCGCCUUCAGCUGCCGCGCCUGCGGCAACCUCCUCCGGGACUGCGUGGAGUGCCCCACGUGCCACAGCCUGUUCUGCAGGGAACACCUCGUCGUCGACAAGCAGAAUGGGACGAGCCCUUGCCCGUGCGAGCCGUGCUCCCUUGCUCCCAUCGCUACCACCCUCUCCGCUGCUUCCACGUCGUCUCCUGCUGCCGCCGCCCGAGCCCAUCACCACCCUCGCGAGGCCUUCCUGCCCAACAUCCCGUUGCAGCGCAUCGCGGACGCCGUGCCCUCCCGGUGCGACGGCUGCGGGAUCUCCCUCUCCUGGGGGGAGCUCGGUCGCCACGCGUGCGACCAGCAGCUGGUGCCGUGCGGGCGCAGGCAGCACGGCUGCUCCUGGUUCGGCAAGCGUCACGAACGCGAAGCCCACGAGGCCUCUUCAACUUGCCCCGGGCGCCUCGCGCUCGCGCAGGCCGAGGCGCUGGAGGCCCGCUCGGAGGCGGCCCGCCUCCGCGCCGCCGGGGAGGAGGCGGAGCGCCGCGCGUCCUCCGCGGAGAUGCGCGCGUCGGAGCUCGAGGCCCGCCUCGCCGCGGCGGAGAGGUGCCUGCAGGAGAGGGACCAGGAGGCCGCGGCGCUUCGGGGCAAGAUCACGACGAUGACCGCCGCCGCCGCCGUGACGGCCGAGGAGAACGGCAAGAAGCAGGAGAGGCUGCAGCAGCAGCUGAAGCAGCAGGCGGCGGCGGCGGCGGCGGCCGUGGCCCAGGAUGCGAGAAGAGCGGGAAAGCACCAGCAACAGCAGGCGGCAGCGACACGCACUCCGCAGCCGCCGCCGCAGCAGCAGCAGCAGCCGCCGAACGCCAUGCCGUUCGCGGCGAUAUUGAACAGAGCUGGGUUCUCUCCUCAGACCGCUACUACUACCGCUGCUGCCGCCGCCGCGCCAGUCAGGCUCCCGCUGGCGGUGCCGGACAGGAAGAAGUCGGGGGCGGGUAGUAGAGCGGCGGCCAUAGCAACGACGCAGACCGUCGUCCCCAGCACCGCCAGCCGCGCUAGCGGCCGUGGCACCGCCAAGGGAACGCUGUCCGCGGCGGUUCAGAUGGCCAGGGCGGGAGGGUCGCCGCCGCGCGCCAGCGCCGGGGUCAUGAUGGACACGGCGAGCCAGGCGCCCGUGCCGGCCGUGGAGGCCUGCCUGAAACCCUACCUGGAAAGGCCGAGCUCGCUGCUGGAGAAGAAGGUGGUGGUGUUCUGGCCAAGGCAAGGGAGGUGGUACACCGGGCGCCCGACCGUGUACAAGGAGGCCACGAGGGAGCACCGCGUGGAGUACGACGACGGCGACGUGCGGGACCACGUCCUGGCGCAUCGCUCGUGGGGCCUCAUUGGCUAG